AUGGCUGAUGGACCAGUCAACGAAGCCCGCGCACUGCGCGUCAUGGAGAUCAUGAACGACUUCCGAACGUUGCAAAUCCACAUCAACUCGCUCAUCACGCGCAGUGAGGCCAAUCCUCCAGACCAGGAAUCCUACUACCUGGACGGCUAUGUGGUCUUGAGACAGUGUGCCGCUGAGUCGCAGGCAGUUCUCGCGGGCCACUUUAAUCCGGGCAACCUUGGACUUCAGUCUGGCAGCAUCCCCGAGACCGAAGUCCAGAAGGCGUCUCUACAACGAAUUAUCCUCGAUGCCUCUACGAGAAGGUUCCAAGCCCACAAAAUCUAUCUGCGAGGGUCUGCGGCGAUGCGCUGGGUGCAACUGCGCGCUCAGCUCCUGCGAGGAGAGAAGCCAAGCCCCAGACACGCGACCGGUCUCCGGGCCAUUGACCAGAGACUUCGCCAGGAACUCAAUGAUAUUACGGACGACCAUGUUUUCCGAGACCUUCGCAACGCCGACCGACGAAAGCACUAUUGGGUGGACGAAGACCCAGUCUUGGAACGCAUGCUGGGAUGGAUUCGGAUGCAGAGGUGA